GCCCUGUACAUCAGCAUGGGCCAGUUCAUUCAGAAGCGGGAACCGACGCGCUCAUGCGUCAGACAAUUUCUUCAACCCUCCCUUCGCCUCACCUGAUUCUGCCAAACCUCGAAGCAGACGAUGACACUUCCCCCGAAGACAUGCUGCACCAGGCUCUCAGUGGGCCAUUAUUCGAGUUCUACUACCGCCUACAGCUCCUCUCCGGUCACGUUGCCCGGCUCACGCACUAUCACCGGUCCCGCAUCACCGCCGACGACCAGGAUGCUGUCGCCGCCUGCAUCGCGUCGAUCAGGGUCCGCCUUCACAAUCUCUGGGCGACGACACGCACGGGUGACAUCGGCAAGAUGACCACCUGCGGCCUCGACGCACAAGCGCUGCGUUCCCAGCUGGCGCCAGACGUAGGCGCGCGGCUCGUGCUGCUGAUGCGCCUGUGUGAGGCGGCGUAUCAUGCCGAGAUUGUAGAGCUCGAUCGCGUCCUGGGAGAUCCGGUGCAGAUGUACAGUAGCGAGUCGAGGGCCUCUGUGAAGGCAAUCAUGGCGCUGGUGAGUGCUGCCAUGGAAGAGGCACAGAGCGGCUUUCGCUAUCAUGGGUCCAUCCGCGUGUGCCAGGAUGGAGCGCACGGCAGAUAUCUGACUUUAGCCGAGCAACGGCCUGAUAUCGUGGAAGAUAGCAAGGCGCGACUGAGUGCCGGCUUUCUGCGGCCCCUGUUUCUGUGCGCCAUCGAAACCAUCGACGAUGCCGGACAGACGGCGCAGGCCGUGAAGAGGAUGUCUGAGAUUGGCGACCCUGUCUAUCGGAGCGACUUCUUCGCUGCUUUUGGUCAGGCGUUGGCUGAGACUCAGCAGCGCAAGGACAGAAGAGUCACGUCUCGGUACUUUUGUCUUUGGUUCUUUGGCAUAUCGCCGCCGUUCAUGUAGUCCAGUUUUGGCCAAAGUAAUUAGUGAC